CGCACCCGCUUUUCUGCGGCGAAAAAUCAGUUUUCAAAAGCCUCGAACAGCCAUUUAGUUCAUGAGAGUGUUUUUCCCAGUUUUCCCUUGAAAGUACUUAAAUUUUCUCUGUGCAGUGUUGUAUAUUUGUUAGUAUUUUGUUCCUUCAUCAUGUUGAAGACAACGCGAUUGAAGACACCGGCAAAGACGCCAAAAUCUGCAUACAAGUCCCGCCCAAAUUCUGGGAGUAACAAGGGACAAAAAGACCCUGUUAGCGUCUACUGCCGCGUCCGGCCGAUGCAGUGUGAGUCAGAUCUGGCUUGCCUUAAGGUUACUUCAUCCACCACAGUCCUCCUGACACCUCCAGAGAUCGCAAUAAACUACAGGGUGGGUGCCCUGAGGGAGACUCAGCACAUCUUCAAACACGUCUUCGAUGUGACGUCACUGCAGCGGGAUGUGUACAAUGUCGUGGCGCAGCCUCUGGUUGAGGGUCUGAUUCGGGGCAGGAAUGGACUGCUUUUCACCUACGGAGUCACAGGGAGUGGCAAGACUUACACAAUGACUGGUGACAUGCAAAAUCAGGGCAUCAUGCCACGGUGCCUGGAUGUUCUCUUCAAGACCAUCAGUGACUACCAGACCAAAAAAUUCAUCUUCAAGCCAGAUAGACUCAAUGGAUUUGAGAUUCUCUCCGAGGCAGACGCAAUGAUCGAGAGACAGGCAGAAUUGAAUGCUAAAUUUUCCAAAAUUAAACGUAAAGAUUCUGAUCCCGAGAUUGCCUCAAAAGCAUCAACGAAUGCAUCAAGCUUGGAAGGGAUCGACGAAGACAACAUGUAUGCAGUCUUCAUAACAUACGUUGAAGUGUACAAUAACAGUGUGUAUGAUCUCCUGGAAGAAGGGAGCAUUCAAAAGACUCUGCAGAGCAAGAUAAUCCGGGAGGAUGCUACACACAAUAUGUAUGUUCAUGGAGUGACUGAGGUGGAAGUGAAGUCAAUGGAAGAUGCCAUCGAGGUGUUUCAGCUGGGACAGAAACGCAAACGAAUGGGUCACACAAUUCUCAAUGCGGAAUCCAGUCGAAGUCACUCUGUCUUUACUGUGCGUCUCGUGCAGGCACCAACAGAUCGCGAUGGGGAGUAUGUGUUGCAAGACAGAAGGACAAUUACUGUGAGUCAGCUGUCACUGGUGGAUUUGGCCGGAAGUGAGAGAACCAAUCGUACCAAAAACACAGGACAGCGUCUCAAGGAGGCAGGAAAUAUUAAUAAUUCCCUCAUGACUCUACGUACAUGCUUGGAGAUCUUGAGGGAGAAUCAAGCUAGUGGAGUGAAUAAGAUGGUACCGUAUAGGGAUUCCAAACUGACCCUCCUGUUUAAGAAUUACUUUGACGGCGAGGGACAAGUGAAGAUGAUUGUUUGCAUCAAUCCACGAGCUGAGGAUUAUGAUGAGACAGCGCAAGUGAUGCGCUUUGCAGAGAUGACUCAGGAUGUUCAGAUAGCCAGACAAGGUACCAAACUGGAUAUGGCUGGCUUGACACCCGGACGUCGUAAGGCGAACCAGUUGUUCAAGACAGCCGUUAACAAAUUGGAUAUGGCUGGUGAAUCUUAUGCUCGGAACUUGGACAUUGAUUUGGGUAUGGUGUACAGCUUGGGUCCCAAUUUGCCGCGCAUUCAACUCAAUUCGCCGGACGCUGACAAUCUCGUGCAGGAUUUGGUUGGCAUGUUGGAGCAGAGAAUUGCCAAGAGGAGACUCCUACGGGAAGAUUUGGCUGCAAGACAGAAUCACUUCCGGAUGCAUCUUCUGCAGUCUGAGAAGCAAAAUCUCAUGCUGAGGACAGAAAAUGCAUCUGUGAGUGCUGUCUUGGGUCAGGAGCGCAACAAGAUACAAGCACUGGAACAAAAAGUUGUCUCGUAUGAGAGUUCAAUUGAUGAUCUCAAUCGUAAAGUGCGCGAACGUGAUGAGAGAAUCCGAGAUUUGGAAACAAAGCUGCGUUCCACUGAACAGCAGUUGUCACAGAAGGAACUGGAGAAGGAGAAGCAACGCAAGAAGUUCAAUACGAAGUUUGCUUAUGAGAAGGAAGAGAUGUCACGAGAAUUGGAGUUGAAGCUGCGUGCUCAGAAGGAUAAGAUGAAGAAUGAGAUGCGUCUGAGAGAUGAGAAAUUGCGUCUGGUUAAGGGGAUUAUAGAUUCGGAUAAUAUUCCAGUGAGUGAUAGGAAUGUUGAGGAUGUGGAAAAUGCAUCGACACCAACCAGUGGAAUUGUAUCAGCAUCCACAGCUGGUCAUACUCCUAGAGCACCCAGAGGAAUGGUUGUGGCCAAUAUGAGACAUCGUCGUUCCAAGUCAGCUGGAGAUAGGUGGUUGGCUCAUACGUCAACCAUGCCAGUACCUUUGGGGACAAUUCUGCAGCCGUAUUUGCCGAAUAGGAAGACAACGACGAAGCUGACGGAGCUCAAGGAUGUGACCAAGUCCAAUACAUCCAAGUACUGCUUGAUUUCACAGGGAGCUGAUACGGAUGGGGAACUGGAGACGCGUCUGUUCAAAGGUGACAUCAUACCCACAAUGACAGGUGGGGCUCAGAUUGUGUUGAAUGAUGUGGAGUGUCUCAGGCAAACGUCUCCGGUCAGUUCGCCGACCAGGAAGCGUAGAAGCUCGGAGUACAGGAGCGAAUUGUCACCGCCGGAGAUUAAGGCCAGAUGCAGCACCGGCAUCGAAGGGCACAAUAGUCACAAGAAGGCAAGACUCUAAAUUUAUGCGUGAAAUAACUCAAGUAUUCUUAUUAAACUUACAGAUACAUACUUAAUUUUUAUAUCCCACUUCUGAAGUAUAAUUUUUAUAUCGCUGUUGCCUCUUUUGAUGUGAAUAAAUCAUCUUGUAUUUGCA